UGUAAUUCUUGGGCCGUAACCACGUGACUUGCGCGUGUAAAGUGUUAACCAUCGAUCACGACCACCGGGUGGUACAAUGACUCCAAUCGGCGCGCAUUAGAGAGCUCCGCUGGGAAAGAGGCUAUUUACAAACCCUCGUUCCCGCUAAACCCCAACCGGUGAAGAGAUUCAAGAGGGAACUACGCAGCAGUGCUUCACAGGAUCACAAUCCCUCCGCUCUCUCAUCCACUCCAUCACUACCAUUUCGCCAUAUUUGUGUACCUGUUAUCAAUCCCAAUCCUACGAUGGAAGCCCCGAAAGUGCUGACGAUCUCCGACCUCCUCCAACAAUCUCGUCCGCUGACCGGCGCAGCUUCUCUCCAUUCUUCUCUCCCUUCCCUCCCUCCCAUCCUUUCCAUCCCUUCUUCUUCUUCUUCUUCACGUAAACAACAAACCCCCAACCCAAACCCUAAUCCUAGACUUCUUCCUCCAUUGGAUCACCCGGCGAUCAUCAUUGGAACCCUAACCCUCGCUUCCCCCGACCAGUCUUCCCCUUCGGAUCGCUCUGGUAGCUGCUCGAGGAACCAUUGCUUUUCAUUUUCAGAUGCCUCAUCUUCGAUUUGCUGCGACGUUCUUGAACUCGAUGUGCGAAUAAUCGGAAGGAAGAUUCAUGUUCUCGCGUGGAAUUACAUCCCCUUUAAAUGUGGUGGUGGAUUCUUGGAGAUUAUUAGGUGGGGCUCCCCCGAGUCUAUCAGUGGACUGACUCGGUGUUUGAACUUGCGUUCUUUACCGUUAACUUUGGAUUCGUACUCUGUUUGUAAAGAUAGUUUGAAGGCUCGUUAUAGCGUUUAUGGCUUGUUAGAAUCAAUUAGUCCUGUUUCCGUGGUUCCAUGUACGAUUGGGGUUAGUAAUUUGCAGGGCCGUCCUGAUACGAAUUCUGGUGAUCCGAGGAAUCUUCUUGGGUUUCUUGCCCAAAUUAGGAUUUGUGAGUGUAGAUUAUGUAAGUUGAAAGAUUCAUCAAUCGAUUUGAUUGACAAUGUUGGAGGACACAAUAGUCAUUCUUUUACUCAUUCUGCAUUUAUAUACUUCUCCGGGUCAGCUUCAUCUUGGCAUCCUAUGAUUUCCAAGCUUGUUGGAAAUAUUCUUUCCCUGUCAGGUUUGAAAAAAAAGUUGAUUUUCAUGGGGAAGGAAGAGUCUGAUUUGAUAUAUGUAACCACGGAGAAGUCACUGUUGCACAUUUCCAAAUUGUCCAGUAUUAGGUUAUCAUUUAAGAAGACCGACAUUGUAGGGAAGGGUGAAUUGUCUGACUAUACUGGUAUUGUUAAAGGCAUCUACGUGCAAGGCAUGCUUGUUGAGUUGGAUGAAGAAGUGUGGCUUUUACUAACUGACGAAUUACUCACUGCACCACACAGCCUUAGGGUGGGCGCUCUUGUGUCUGUGAAAAAUGCCCAUUUUGUCAACCCGUUGUUUUCUUGGACGAAAAUGCUUAUACUUGGGGCUUGUCAUAGGACAAGCAUUGUUGUAGAAUCUUACUCACCAAAGGAAAGCAGAUGUCAUAUGGUUUCACAAUCUCAGAGUCUAUUGGGAAAGUUCAUUGGGUCACUGGCAUUUGCUGCCAGAGUUUGGGUAUUACUUGUCAUUGUAUGUCUUAGGAAGAAGUUCUCUGGGAUCCUAUCUGAUAAGGAGAUUUUAGGAUCAAAACAUAGGGAAGGAUUGGCUCAGGUGUAUGCUAGUUCACAUUUAUCUUCAUCUGUGUUUCAAUCACGGCAUGGUGUAUUCAAGGAGUUCUGCAAGCAUGGCUUAUGUGGCUGUUGUAAUGAAUCGGGUUUUGAUGAACUGAAACUGGUGGUACCCAUUUUGAAUUUUCUUCAUCAUUGCGAGACCACAUGGACUCGUGCACAGUUGCAACUGGAAAAUGAUUCUAGAAUAUCAAGUUAUAAGAACCAGCAUAGUCCUAGGUCAUGUAACUGUAAAGGGAGGUCGUAUAGUCAGUCAAUCAGAAGGGUUUUUUCAAGUGAAGAUACAGGUUUUGUUUUGCUUGGAAGUCUGAAGAUUUCUCCAUACUCUGGAAGAUUGCAGUUGACUGAUGCAACUGGCAGCAUUGAUGUAGUUAUUCCAGGACUCCCAUCAACUUGGGAUGUUGAUGGAUUUUAUGAGGUAAAGGACUAUAGUAUUGUUAUGGAAGCCAUUCCUGAAGAAUCUGAGCAUUUGGAAUUGCUUGACAAUCAGCCAUUCUCAUGCAGAAGUAUCUUUCACAGUGUUCCGAUGACAAGGGUUACAAAUCUAGCAGUUUAUGUUUACUUUAAUUGGCGAAAUGCAGUCUGCAGAAAUCUUUCCCUCCAUCAUUUUAAGGAUUGGAAAGUUGAUUUCAGGGAAAUUGAAAAUGGAAGAUUCCACCUGCUUUGUGUGACACACAAGUAUCCUGUGCUACAAAAAUUUCAAGGGGAGAAUGUUAUUUCAAACAGGUCUAGCCUGUUUGUUGAGGCCAUAAUCUUGCCUUGGGAUUUGUUCCUGUGUGGGAAAAAUGAAGGUACGCUCCCAACUAAAAUUUCCAAGGAUGAGCUGGAGAAGCCCAUGGAACGCAAUACCUGUAAAAUAUACCAGGAUUAUGUUUCUUAUAAAAGAUGUAGAAUGGAUCAUGCAUCAAGUGGAGAAUUGAGCUCUGGCUUCGUGGAUUACUCAAGUGUUGCUGGGGAGGGAUCAUGCUGUGAUCAGAAUGAUUAUUUUAGCAUUUCCAGGAAAUUUAAUCAGGAGUGGAGAACAUGCAGCUCUAGUUUGCUUGAAAUUUCAUGUUUAGCUGUUAUAAGUGGAAUUGAUGAUAGCCUCUUUAGUUCAGGAAUUUUGUAUUACAAAAAAGCGAAUGCAAACGGUGGUGUGGGUGCACAGAAGGUGUUGCUGGAGUUCAACUCUGAUAGUUUUUUCAAGUUCCAGUUCUUGCAAAUUGGUGGUUUUUACAUUGCAGAGCACCAGGAAGAUGAAAUCUUCUGUAAGCUUAAUGGCUCUUAUAAUGUUGGCGAUGGUAAAGUUCGUGUCACUUCUGGAACAUGCCUGUGGAGCCUUUCAUUCUUUUCUGAUGGGGGUUUCCCUAAUACUGAUCCAUUACAUGGUCAUUCAUUUUGUGAUAUUUGUAUCAGCAAUAUUAGGGUUCUGUCUGGAGGGUCUGUUCAAACUGAACUGCCUUUCCAGCAGUCUACUGGGAAAAUACUAAAAACCAGCUCUGAUAUAUGUCUGCAACUCUCUGCUAAUGCAAUGAGACUUUUUGAGCUGGAUCUUAAGGCACUGGUGGAAGACUUGACGAAGCCAUGUGUGAAACAGGAACAGGCUUCUAAUGUUUCUUUAUGUGGUGUGACCCUCAUGAAUGUGUCAGCACGACCUUUUGGAACUGCUGAUUCUGGUUGCAUGUUGCCUAAGGGGAAUUUAAUAUCUUUGCAUGGCCAUGUGGUGGCUGUGCAUAGUUUUGAUGGCAGUUCUCUUGAUGGACAGUUGGAAUUUGGUGAAGUUAAUCAGUUGAGAUUCUUUCAGGAGCUGACUAGUAUUUGUAUUCAUAUUGGGGUGGACAAUUACAUUGUGAGGAUUUCUGGUGCCCUGAGUAAGAGUGCUUAUCCUGUUGGAUUUGGACCUGGUGUACGGGCAACCUUUCAUCGAAUUCUUGAAUCAAGUGUGCAGAAUGAAUUUUCAUUGACACCGGUAUCAUUUAUUUCAAUCAAUUCCACAAGAGAAGUCAAUGAAAAAUACAAUGAGUGUUCUAGUCCAGAAUAUGCUUCCAAUUUAUGUAAUGUUACCCACCUCGACACUGUUUCUUCAGGCUUGAUUUCUGAUUUGAUUCACUGCUUAGAGGGUAAGCCAGUGAAAUUUCAUUGCAGGGUUGUGGCUAUCCAUAUUAUGAUUCUGGAAAGAAGAAAAUGUGAUGAUCCACAACCAAAAACUCAUUCUAGGUCACCAGUCAACAUUCCACUUGCUGGCUUUGUGUUGGAUGAUGGAUCAGCCUCUUGCUGUUGUUGGGCAAAUGCUGAAAGGGCAGUAACAUUGCUGAGGCUACAGGAAGAGGUCUCAGAGAAAGCAUUUGGAAGCAGCUUUUGGAGAUUGAAGGAAAGUAGAGUGGAAAAGGCCCACAAAACCACCAGUCAUCUGGAAAAAAUUUUAAGGCAGCACGGGAGAGUUACAGUGAAAAACUAUGGAUCUGUGUUUGAUUCUUCAUGCCAAGAUCUUGCAUUUUCUGUCAGUUCAGAUAAUGUCCUCAACAGCAGAGAGGAAAAUCUCCUUAAAUUUAUAAUGCUCAAUGCUUGCUUUGGUACUAUUUGGACUGUCAUUGGUAGUGUGAUGGAUUCAAAUGCUGUGUCAUGGUUAGAGAAGCAGCUUACUGAAAUGCAAAUGACGAUGCAUACGUUGCAAAACAUGUGGGUUACAGAAGUUCAUUAUGCAAGUCCUCUCAUUGAGGCCAGGAGCAUGAUUCAAGAACUUCUAAACAGGUAGUAGUAGUUUUUUAUUUUUUUUAAAUUUAUUUUUUAAACCAGAUUUGUAAAUGUAACAUGCUAUUUGGCAUUCACCUGUUUAUUAACACAGCAUCUUCCUCCUUAUGUAUUUCAAUUAUUUAUUAAUGCAAUGUCAUUUGUAAGUUUUCUUU